AUGUCAAAUACUAAAGCAGUCACCACUCUAUCAGUCGAUGCCCUGCCCAAGAUUGCUACGGGCAAGGUGCGAGAGCUUUACAAGGUUGACGAAAAGACGCUCCUUUUUGUCGCAUCCGACCGCAUCUCAGCCUACGAUGUAAUCAUGGAAAAUGGUAUCCCAUCCAAAGGCCUACUCCUCAAUCUCCUCUCCGCCCACUGGUUCAACGUCCUUCCAACCCUCCUGCCCUCCCUCCAAACCCACUUCAUCACUCUCUCGCUCCCCUCUUCAAUCCCACAAGCCCAACAUGCCCUCUUGCAGAACCGCUCCAUGCAAGUCCGCCGCCUCAAGAUCUUCCCUAUCGAAGCCAUUGUCCGCGGCUACAUCACCGGCUCCGCAUGGAAGGAAUACAAAGUCUCCGGCACCGUGCAUUCCAUCCCCAUCGCUGUAGGUCUAAAGGAGUCGCAGGCCUUCCCUCAAGGCGCCAUUUAUACGCCUAGCACGAAAGCCGAGGCCGGAGAGAACGACGAGAACAUCUCUCCCGCGAGAGCUGCUGAGAUUGUAGGACAAGAGUACGCGGAUAGGAUUGAGAAACUCGCUCUCAGUCUCUAUACUGCUGCUAGGGAUUACGCAAAGGAUAGGGGUAUCAUUAUUGCAGAUACGAAGUUCGAGUUUGGUUUGGACGAGGAGACUGAUCAGGUUGUACUUGUUGAUGAAGUACUAACACCUGACUCGAGUCGCUUCUGGCCGGCCGAUAAAUAUGAGAUUGGCAGGGAGCAGGAGAGUUUUGAUAAGCAGUAUUUGAGAGAUUGGUUGGUGAAGGAGGGCUUGAAGGGAAAGCAGGGGGUGAGAAUGCCGGAGAAUAUUGCGCUAGAGACGGCAAAUAAGUAUAGGGAGGCUUUUGAGAAGUUGACGGGUGGAAGUUGGGAGGACGCUGUGAAGAAGUGA